CGACCUUGUCUUGUUGGCGCGUGUCUCUCGCUGCUGCUGCCGUGGUAGCACUUGGUCUUUUGGACAAUGGGCACUCCAUAUUAAGCAGGAGUGUAAGACUGAAGCCCAUUUGGGGGCAGAAUGAGUUUAAAAGAUGCCGACAGUGCAGUUUGCCAGACAAAGGCAGCCUAUAAUCUUCAUAUUUACCCCCAGCUCUCAACAGAAAGUGCUCCCUGCUGCAAAGUAACAGCAACCAAGGACAGCACGUCGUCAGAUGUCAUCAAGGAUGUSAUCAAUAUCUUAAACCUGGAUGUCUCCAAACAUUAUGUUCUCGUGGAGGUGAAAGAAGCAGGUGGUGAAGAAUGGGUACUUGAUAUAAACGAUUCUCCUGUUCAUAGGGUUUUACUUUGGCCUCGUCGUGCUCAGGAUGAGCAUCCUCAAAAGGAUGGGUACUACUUUCUUUUGCAAGAAAGGAACACUGAUGGGACUAUCAAAUAUGUGCAGAUGCAGCUGCUGUCCAAGGAGACAGAUGCUCGGCGCUUGGUGGAGCGGGGAUUUCUUCCCUGGCAUCAGGAGGACUUUGAUGACUUGUGCAAUCUUCCCAACUUAACAGAGACAACGCUCCUUGAAAAUCUCAAAUGCCGCUUUCUAAAACACAAAAUUUAUACUUACGCAGGAAGUAUUUUGAUUGCAAUUAACCCCUUCAAAUUCCUGCCCAUUUAUAAUCCUAAAUACGUCAAGAUGUAUGAAAAUCAUCAGCUUGGGAAGUUGGAGCCUCAUAUUUUUGCCAUUGCUGAUGUGGCUUAUCACACAAUGCUUAAAAAACACGUCAAUCAGUGCAUAGUUAUAUCAGGUGAAAGUGGGUCUGGAAAAACUCAAAGCACAAACUUCUUAAUUCACUGCCUCACAGCACUGAGUCAGAAAGGGUACGCAAGUGGUGUGGAGAGAACAAUUCUUGGAGCUGGACCAGUUCUGGAGGCCUUUGGAAAUGCAAAAACAGCCCAUAACAAUAACUCCAGUCGUUUCGGAAAAUUUAUUCAAGUCAACUAUUUAGAGAAUGGUAUUGUCCGAGGGGCUGUUGUUGAAAAAUACCUUCUGGAAAAAUCUCGCCUGGUUUCUCAAGAAAAAGACGAAAGGAACUACCAUGUAUUUUAUUAUUUACUGCUUGGAGUCAAUGAGGAAGAGCGUAAAGAAUUUCACCUUAAACAACCCGAAGAUUAUUUCUACCUCAACCAGCAUAACUUGAAAAUUGAAGAUGAGGACGAUCUCCGGCAUGACUUCGAAAGAUUAAAACAAGCCAUGGAGAUGGUUGGCUUUCUUUCAGCAACAAAGAAGCAGAUAUUUUCUGUGCUUUCGGCUAUUCUUUAUUUGGGCAACGUUACUUACAAGAARAAAGCUACGGGUCGUGAUGAAGGGUUGGACGUUGGACCUCCUGAAGUGUUGGACAUUCUUUCCCAGCUUUUAAAAGUCAAGCGAGAGAUUUUAGUGGAAGUGCUGACUAAAAGAAAAACRGUGACAGCAAAUGAUAAGCUUAUUUUGCCAUAUAGUCUCAAUGAGGCAAUCACAGCUCGUGAUUCAAUGGCAAAGUCCUUGUACAGUGCUCUGUUUGACUGGAUUGUUCUGCGAAUUAAUCAUGCGCUCCUUAAUAAGAAGGACAUGGAGGAAUCUGUUACAUGUUUGUCCAUUGGCGUGCUUGAUAUUUUUGGAUUUGAAGACUUUGAAACCAACAGUUUUGAACAGUUUUGCAUCAACUAUGCAAAUGAGCAGCUGCAGUAUUAUUUCAAUCAGCACAUUUUCAAAUUGGAACAGGAGGAGUAUAAGAGUGAAGGGAUCAGUUGGCACAAUAUUGACUACACUGAUAACGUGGCCUGCAUUCACUUAAUCAGCAAGAAGCCCACUGGCCUCUUCUAUCUUCUGGAUGAAGAAAGCAAUUUUCCACAUGCCACCAACCAAACUCUACUUGCAAAAUUCAAACAGCAGCAUGAGGAGAACAAGUUUUUUGUUGGAACCCCAGUGAUGGAGCCCGCUUUUAUCAUCCGACACUUCGCUGGGAAAGUCAAAUACCAGAUAAAAGAUUUCAGAGAGAAAAACAUGGAUUACAUGAGACCAGAUAUCGUCGCUUUACUACGAAGCAGCGACAGCGCCUACGUUCGGGAGCUGAUCGGGAUGGACCCCGUCGCUGUUUUCCGAUGGGCCGUUCUGCGGGCGGCUAUUCGAGCCAUGGCCAUCUUUGCAGAAGCCGGGMGACAGAGAGCCCAGAGAACCACAGGAGUGGUGCGGCAAGGACCCCGAGUUCCCCUUGGAGAGCUCCAGAGGGCAAAUACACCAGUAGAAAAGGUUUACCGAGACAUGCAUGAACAAAUCAUCGCGAGUAUUAAAGGACUCCCAUGGCAGGGUGAUGACCCAUGUAAGCUGCUUCGGUCCCUCAGUCGACUUCACCACCGCUCCCACUUCAUGAAAAGUAGAGGUAUCAAACAAAAGCAGAUCACUCCCAAGAACUUGUUGGAUUCCAAGUCCUUAAAGCUCAUAGUGAGCAUGACUCUGCACGAUCGAACUACCAAAUCCCUCUUGCAUUUGCACAAAAAGAAGAAACCCCCUAGCAUAAGCGCGCAGUUCCAGACUUCACUUAAUAAAUUAUUGGAGACACUGGGGAAAGCUGAACCAUUCUUCAUCCGUUGCAUCCGCUCCAACGCUGAGAAGAAAGAGAUGCUUUUUGAUGAAAAUCUGGUGCUUCAGCAGUUAAGAUAUACGGGCAUGCUUGAAACUGUGAGAAUCAGAAGAUCUGGCUACAGUGCCAAAUACACAUUCCAGGAAUUCAUAGACCAAUUUCAGGUGCUACUGCCCAAAAAUGCCGAAGCAUCUAGGGAAGACGUUUCUGCUUAUUUGAGUAAACUAAAACUGGACAAAAACUACUAUCAAAUAGGGAAGACCAAGGUUUUUAUGAAAGAGGCUGAACGGCARAAACUGCAGGAUACACUACACAAAGAAGUCAUCAGGAAAAUCAUUCUCCUUCAGAGCUGGCUCAGGAUGGUGUUGGAAAGGAGACGUUUUCUCAGAAUACGGCAAGCAGCCAUCGUUUUGCAGGCUUGGUGGCGUUCCUGUUAUGUUAGGAGAAGACUGGAGAAGAAUAAUGCUGCAACUCAUAUUCAGGCAGCGUGGCGAGGAUACAGGGAACGAAAAUACUACCUUCAGCAGAAGAACAGAGUUUGUCUCCUACAAGCUGUGGUUAGAGGACACCUCCAGCGUAAGAGGUUUCAGAAAAUGGUUAUGGAAAAGCAGAAAGUCGAAGAAAAGCAGAGAGAAAUGCAGGAAGUUCAAGAUGAAGAGAAUGGUAUGAGCAAGAAUGAGGACARUGAACCAGCAACAGAUCAGUUGUCCGUGAAAUACGAGUCUGAGCUGGAUCAAGCUGCUGUGGGUCUUGAUGAAGCUCAAAAUGAGCAAGCUGAACAUCUGAGCUCAAUUUCGGACCAAGCUACGUUACCCCAGAAGAACAUGACAGAAGUCUCUGAGAAGGUAACAAACAGUCGUGAGAAACGUAAAACUCGCCGGCAGAGGGGGCUGGAACAUAAUGAGUUACAGAAUAARCAUGUCCUGUUUUCCUUCGAGGGACCAUCUUUACCGUGCCAGGAGGAAGAAACCUCUUCUAAAGGGGUUCCAGAAGCUGUUGAAGUGUCAGACAAAUCCUCAGCACAAGAUACUGUCAUUCAAGAAAGCUGCAAAGAAAAUGAAAGUCCAGGGGAAGAAAACGCACUUUCAGAGCCACCAUUAUCCAGUGAAAUAAAAGGAAGUAAUUCCAUUCCUGAGCAGCUCCCAGAAUCAGAAGGGGAAAGAGCAGGUCAUAAAGCUAUUGAGGGAAUGAAAAUAGAGGAGAACCAAAAGCACCAGAUAAAAGGCAGCCAAAGCUUUAACUACCCUGAAAGGCCGAGAGAUCUUGCACUGGAUCUUAAGAAUAACCUACCUGCUACUGGGAGCUUCCGAAUUCCAACUGAACGCUGUGCAGAUAAAAACAAACCUCAGAGGGCAAACAAAGAUCUGGAUAGUCCCACGUCUUYCCCCAUUCAGAGAUACGUGGAUGACCCGGAGAAACUAAAAUACAAGAGAGAGAAGUGGAAAGGAAAGAGACAGUCUGACGCUGGUCACAAUGAUCUGCUAAGUCAGUCUUUGGAUGAAAGAACACGUGCGGAUCGGUCUCCUCAGGAUCAGCUAGAAAAGAAGGGGAGUUCAUCUUCAUUAAAUGAUCUCUCUGCCCUCACUCAGUGUGCUGCUGUGAAUCAGUCACCAGAUACAGCAGAAGAGAAGGGCAGCAAGAAGCAUUCUCUGCAAAAGAAGUCCAGUGAACUCUUGGCUACUGGAGAUUUGGCUGUUUCCACCCAGCCGCCGAAUCAGCAGAUAGAUGCUAAGUCUACUUUUAAAAGCCCUUUGCGUAGACUUUUGGGGAAAAAAACAGACAAGAAAAUUAUGAAGGAGAGUCCUGAUGUGAUUGAUGAGGGAGAUGGCCUGUCCUUUGUAUCUUGUGUCCUGUUUGCGGAAACGGGAGGAUCCCAGAAAUUUUCAGAAGCUUCUUCUGGACCGCCAAGUCGCCUUCAAGGAGGAGACCACCAUGUAAAGGAGAGUAGUAAAAUGAAGAAGAACCGAACUAUUAAGAUCAGCAAGAUCUCAAGUGUGUCUCAGAAUUGGCGAGCUCCCAUGGUCCGUGAGAUUGCAAAUGCCAAUGAACUGAAACAUCUUGAUGAGUUCCUGCUAAACAAGAUCAAUGACUUGCGCUCCCAGAAAUCUGGUGUUGAAUGUCUGUUUUUUGAAGCCACAGAGAAGUUUAGAGGAAAUAUCAAGACUAUGUAUUCCGCCCCCAAUGGGCAAAUCCAUGUUGGCUACAAAGAUCUGGUGGAAAAUUACCAGCUUCUAGUUACAAACCUGGCAAAAGAAAGGGAAGAGAAAGAAGUCAAGCUGGUUUUGAAUCUCUUUCAAUCUCUUCUGGAUGAAUUCACCAGAGGAUAUGCAAAAAAAGAGGAAUCUGAGCAGCACAAGCAAAGCAAAGCUCAGAAGAAGAAACGAAAACAAGAUCGUUCAAUUGAAGAACACAACGGUCAUGUAUUCACAAGCUAUCAAGUGAGCAUUCGGCAGUCGUGUGAGCACUGCUCAUCCUACAUCUGGCCCAUGGAGAAGGCCUGUCUCUGCAGUGUUUGCAAGUUAACUUGUCACAAGAAGUGCAUGUCCAAAAUCCAGAGCAGCUGCACAUCCUGUGGAAAAAAGAAUGAACAAGAUGCAGAACCACGGCACUUUGGAGUUAGCGUGAGUUCCCUGACCAGUGAGAGAAAUUCGGUCCCCAUUGUCAUGGAGAAGCUGCUGGAGUACGUAGAGAUGCACGGCCUCUACACAGAAGGCAUUUACAGGAAAUCAGGAUCAGCAAAUCGCAUGAAGGAGCUGAAACAGUUGCUGCAAACAGAUCCAAAUUCAGUGAAACUGGAAAAUUAUCCUAUUCAUACUAUUACGGGGAUCCUGAAGCAAUGGCUACGAGAAUUACCAGAUCCGUUAAUGACAUCUGCACAGUACAAUGAUUUUCUMCGAGCUGUAGAACUACCAGAAAAACAGGAGCAACUCUGUGCCAUCUAUAGUGUUCUUGAACAGCUUCCCCAAGCAAAUCAUAAUACCCUGGAGAGACUCAUCUUCCAUCUGGUCAAAGUGGCUUUGAUAGAAGAUGUCAACCGUAUGUCACCCAAUGCCCUGGCCAUUGUUUUUGCUCCAUGUCUCUUGCGUUGUCCUGAUACCUCUGACCCUUUAACCAGCAUGAAGGAUGUUUCAAAAACAACCAUGUGUGUAGAGAUGCUGAUAAAGGAACAGAUAAGAAAGUACAAGAUAAAAAUGGAUGAAAUAAAUCAGUUGGAAGCAGCGGAGAGCAUUGCUUUUCGACGGCUGUCAUUGCUCCGGCAGAAUACGCUCUGGCCUGUAAAACUUGGGUUUUCCUCCCCUUACGAGGGGGUGCUGAAUAAAAGCCCACAGGCCAAAGGAGGCGACAGCAACAACUCAGAACUAGGCUCCCUGCAUGAAGAGAAUGAAGCUGAUAAUCGGGAAAAGGAGAUCCUCAUUGAUCGCAUACAGUCAAUAAAAGAAGAAAAGGAAGAUAUAACCUAUCGAUUACCUGAGCUUGAUCAGAGAGGCUCUGAUGAGGAAAAUGUAGACUCCGAGACCUCGGCAAGCACUGAGAGCCUGCUAGAGGAUAGAACAGGACGGAUGGAUACCGAAGGAACUGCUUUCUCUGGAUUACGCUGCCAUGCCCGGAGCUCUAGCCUGCCUGCCAAAGACACUUGCAGAGCGCCUGCUCUUUCACAAGGCUCUUCCAACUCUUCCCUUGCAUCCCUGGCUUCAAGACGCAGAGCGUCUUUAACGCUGACCAAGAUUAAAGUGCCCCGUCGAACUCCAGUGAUGCCAGUAGCAAAUAUAAAACUUCCUCCUGGGAUUUUCAAGUGUACCGAAUCCCAGGACAGGACUUCAGCUAAUGAAGAGUCUCAAAUAAUUGUGAGACGAAGGGAGCAGCCAGCAAGGCGAACUGAUAAAAUCCACUCUGUAUACAUUGCACAAGGGUCUGCAAUGGCCCACGCUCAGGAACUUUUGGACGAAUAUGAACCAACAGCAAAAGUAAAACGGAGGUUUUCGGACCCAUACUCUCACAUUCCCUGUACAGAGAAGUGAAAUAUUUAAGCUGUCUGGAUUCUUUCUCAAGUUGACUGCAGCUUUGGCUUUAACCCUGGGAAGGCUGUGACCUCAUUCGUACUCUUAGGUGACUGCGAGGAAGGCAGUCAGGGAAAUGUAUAAUACUGUAAGGAUUAAACAAGGUUGUUUAAAACAAGUAAUAUUCCUCACCUUAAAUUAAAGCCCUACGAAGAAGGUAGAAUAUAAAUCUACGUUGAGUAAAACACGAGUGAACAGGAAGUUAAUGGCCACAAUUCUGUUGCUGUGCCUUUUUGUAUUUGCCUUACAAGGGACUGUAAUAGGACCAACGGUGAAUUUCGGUCAAUGUGUGUUGCCUUAAUAUUUUUUUUUUUUAAUGUUUUCAUGACAACUCUCUGUGUGGUUU